UUUUUGGAUUAAGCUUCACUUCUCAAGAAUAUUCAGCACACGUUGUCGCCAUUGUUAAGAAACUGUAAGGGAAUUACGAAUACAAAGGAGGAUUAAAUUGCAGAAAUAAAGCAGACAUGCUAUACGAUCUUAAUGUACCUUGGUCAUCAAAUAAAGACCCUCUUGAUCUCCAAAGGACAAUUUCAUUCCUUUCAGAAUUAGGCUACGGAACCAUAGCCCUCAAUCAUAUCCAUAGCGGACCGCUUCCUUCGAAUAUAACAAACCUAAUACCUACGACAUUUCCCUUCACAGUUCCACCCAAAACGGUCAUUCUCCGCCGCUGCACCAUCGUGCUCUCUGAUCCUUCCCUUAAUCACCGUCUCUCGGCCAUCUCAUCCGUCUACGAUAUCCUCGCGAUUCGCCCUACCACCGAAAAGGCUUUUCUCGCAGCAUGUCUCAAUCUAAGCGAGCACUCUCUAAUAUCGCUUGACCUCACACAACGAUUUCCAUUUCAUUUCAAACCAAAACCUCUUAUGGCAGCUAUACAUCGCGGUAUUAGACUCGAAAUAUGCUACGCGCAGGCUACGAUGGAAGAUACGAAUGCGCGCAAAAAUUUCAUAAGUAAUUGUCUCGGAAUAUUCAGGGCUACUAGAGGCAGAGGAAUUGUGAUCAGCAGUGAAGCCAAGACUGCAUUGGGUGUGCGAGGUCCAGCAGAUGUUGUUAAUUUAAUGGCGGUGUGGGGAUUGGGCAGAGAAAGAGGAAUGGAAGGAUUAGGGGACACUCCGAGAUCAGUGGUCAUAAAUGAGGGUUUGAAGAGAAGCUCUUUCAGAGGAGUGGUGGAUGUGGUCUUCGGAGGGGAAAGGAGUGCUACAAAAGAGGCUGAAAUCAGCGAGGCACAGAAGAAUAAAGCAAAUAAUGGAGACAAGGGAAAGGGAAAGAGAAAAGCCGAGGAUAACAAGGAGGUGAAGGAGAAUGAAUCACCUCAAAUAAGCAAGAGGCAGGCAAAGAAACAGAGAAUGGAAGCACUAAAGGCCACUGAAUCCAAUUCGAGCUCAUCGAAAGAGACAACCCCGAAAGAAUCGACUUUCACAGUCAUAGAUACUCAUAAUACAAUAAAAGCGAAAAGUAAAUAGUUGAUGUUUAUAUU